AUGGCUCCUGCCAAAUCACCAAGGAGGGCAAGAGGGGGAAAACAGAAAGUGGAGGAAGACAAGACCAAAAAGGAGGCAGUAGUUAAAACUACUAAAGGUAAAAAGGCAGAACUCAAAGAAAAACCUGAGACGAAUGAAAAUGGAAAAGAAAGGAGAAAUGGCAGGAAAGGAAACAUAAUUACUGCAGGAAGGCCCAAAAAAGAUGAUAAAAAAGCUGGGAGGAAAGACCACACUGAUGACUUAGAAAAUGAAGACACAGCGUCUCCUAAAAUAAAAAGAAAUGGCAGACUCCAAAAGGACAAAUCAUCAUCUGGUUUAGCAACUAGUAAUAAAGUUGAAGGCAAAGUAAGCAAAGGUAAAGAUGUUAAAUCCAAACCUAAUUUAAAAACCCCUCAAGCCAAAACAGUGGACAAGACACCUAACAAACGCACUAAAAGACAAGGUCGUAAGAUAAUCGACUCAGAGGAGGAUGAAUCUGAUACUGAAAAAGAGAACUCUGAACAACAACCCAUGGAAUCAAGUAGUGAAGAUGAAUACACAGAGUCAGAAUGUGUAAGUAAGACUGCUGAGGCUGAAGCAGAUAAAGACAGCAGUGAGGAUGAACCUUCAGACCAAGACAUAAAAUCAGGGGAAGAUGUAAAGAAAGGAGAAGGAAAAGAAACAGAUAAUGGAGAUGAGGCUGCAGAGGAAUCUGUAAACAGUGAAAUAGAAGAGAACUCUGAAGAGGAAUCGGACAGCAAUGAGUUAAAAGCAGAAUCUGAAGUGGAGCUCUCUGAUGACACUAAAGAUAGGCAAAAAGAACCUGCCAUUGCAUCCAAAAAGCUAACACCACUCAACCUAACUUCACACAUCCAAAGUCAGAAAAAAAUUCUAAAAUCUAACAUGUUACGUAAAACACAGCCAGAUUCAGAAGAGAACAUGAAUAAAAAGCCUCAUCCUAUAGAAGCUGAGAUCAAAAUAAAGACUUCAAGUAAGAAUGACGCAUCAAAAGGGAAGCCUCAGAUCCUUCAACUAGCAAGCAAAACAAGGACAACAAACAAGAAAGAAGAUCUGAAAAAAGAGGACAUAACAAGUCAACUAAAAGGUCCCAAAGGUGUAAUUAACAAACAGCCCCUGGUGUUAUUUACAAUGAAAGGGAAGGGUAAAGAUGACAAAAAUAAUGACAAAAAAAAAAACGCAUGUAAGGAAGACAAAAAUAAAACUGAAUCUGAGGAAGAACCUGCAUCUAAGGAAGACCAAGUUCUGGAUAAUGUAACUAAAGUAACCAAUGAGAAACCAAAAGUCAGUCAGUUAGAGAAUGUAAGGCUGUCUGCAGGACUGGCAAGGAUUGCUUCCCUGAGAUACAAGGAAAAGAAGACAAAGUGUGAUGAGCAAGCAGCAGCCGAAACUACUGAGACUGAAGAAGCAACAACAUCUAAGUCAACACAGCGUUUGAUCCCACAGCAGAGGGGAGUGAAUACCUUGCAUCGUGUAUCUGGCUGGAUACAAAAAAAUAUUCCAAGGACCGUAAAUUUUCGUCGAAAUCUAUCUACAAUCAAAGAAGCAAUUAGUAUUUCUAAAUGGCUGCGUGCUUUAGCUCUGAAAAGGAAGAAUGGCCGUGCAAAGUCCAAGCAGACUCUUCUUCGCCAUAGGAUGGCCAUGAAAAUAGCUGGUAAUUCUAUAAAGUCUAGAAGGAAAGAAACAUCCUCAGCAGAUAUAAAUACAGAGUCAAAAACAAAUCCACAGGAUAAUCCAUCUGAAGUCGUGGAAGAUGCGUGUUUUGAUGCAGAUUCACCUUCCCAAGAUGGAGAAGAAAAAAUCAACACAGGAGAUUCCAAAUAUGCUGUUGUUUUACCCCGAAUGAACAAAACUGGCAAAGCCAAAGAUUCUUCUGUUUCUGCUGGCACUAGCACAGACACUAGUAGCCUUCCAGAGCGGAAACCUCCAAAGCCUGGUGCCCGCUUGGUGCUUCCAGUAAAGCCAGACCUCAACUUACUCAAGCCACUUAAAAAGGUCAAUGUUUCAAGUCAACCUACAAGCAAUGGCAAAGCUAAAGAACAAGAAGUAGAGAGUAAAAUAGAGUCUAAAGAUGAGAAGAAAACCCCCCUAGAUAGUGCCAGCCCAUUGCAAGCAGCAAAGGAAAAACUUGGCAGCGCUCAGAUUAAUCUGUCAAAACUAUCCAUAUCCAGCCCUCUCCUUAGAGGAGGUGGUGGUGGCAUAAAUGCUAUACAGAAAGCCAGGACUCUGGGUCAAGCAGUUCCCUCUGUCAGGGCUGAACCACGAAGAGAGGAUUUGGGGCCAUCUGUGAAUGAAGAGGAAGCAGACAGAGAAGUAGCUGAGCUGAUGAGUGAUGGUUUUCUUUCAUGGUCAAUGGAGCGCCAUUGGGCUCAGAAUCGUCAAAUCUGUAGUGAUCCUCAGGACUGGCAAAGAAACGAAAACCUGCUGCCACAUCAAACCAAGGAGAAACUUACUAAGUGGACUGUAUAUCAAGAUAACGAACAUGCUCAAUCAAUACCCACAGACAAUGGCCGAGGACCAUGGGAAUCAGAGGACCCAACUCAAAAUAUGUUGGAGAGCAGACUCAACAGUACUCAGGUGCUCAUGCCAGGAAGCAGCCAAGCUGUGGAGGUGGAUGAAGUGGAGGACCUGUCACAACUUGAAAAGGUGUGUGAAAGUUCAGUGCUGCUGAAUCUGAAGAAACGGUUUCACCGGGACUCCAUUUAUACAUAUAUUGGCAACAUGCUGUUAUCUGUUAACCCUUUUAAGCCUAUAAAUAUUUACACAGAGGAGUUGAGACAGCAGUACCAAGGCAAGGAGAAGCACAAUAAUCCACCCCAUGUUUAUGCUAUUGCUGAGGCUGCCUUUUGCCAGUCUCAGAAUACCACACAGGAGCAAUGUAUCGUCAUCAGUGGACAAAGUGGAUCUGGGAAGACUGAGGCUACCAAGCUUAUUGUCCACUACUUGAGCUCUAUGUAUCAAGGUAGAAAUGACAACCUGCAUCAGCCAAUGGAUGUGUUGCCCAUAUUAGAAAGCUUCGGUAAUGCAAAGACUAUACUUAACAAUAAUUCAAGCCGUUUUGGAAAGUACCUGCACAUACACAUGAGGCAUGGUGUUGUUCUCGGGACUUCACUGUCAAAGUAUCUUCUUGAGAAAUCACGAAUUGUGUUCCAGGCCAAAGACGAAAGGAAUUACCAUGUGUUUUAUGAAUUGUUGGCUGGAAUGAAUCAAUGGGACAAACAGGACCUCUACCUGCAGGGAGCUGAGACUUACUACUACCUUAACCAGGGAGGGGCCUGUGAGCUACAAGGAAAGAAUGACCAAAAGGACUUCAUGCUUCUUGUUCAGUGUCUUGAGACCAUUGGUUUACAUGCAGAUCAGAUAUCCACUAUUUGGGCAAUUUUGUCAUCCAUUCUACAGCUGGGCAACAUCUGCUUUAGCUCUUAUGAGAGUGAGUCACUUGAGAUGGCAAGGAUCUUUAGUGAAGCUGAAGCUCGGAGAGUAGGUAACCUAUUACAGGUGUCAGCCGAAGCCCUGCAAACUGUUAUUACGCACCGUGUAACGGAAACAACUUAUGAUAGAAUCUACUGCCCCUUGUCAGUGGAAUGUGCGAUUGAAUCUAGGGAUGCCAUUGCCAAGGCCCUUUACUCUGUGCUCUUUGAUUGGCUGCUUGACCGCAUCAACGAGUGGUUAAUCCCCACAGAGAUGGACAGCACUGUUGGCAUCGUGGACAUUUAUGGGUUUGAGGACCUGGGUGUGAACAGUUUUGAGCAACUGUGCAUCAAUUUUGCCAACGAACAGAUUCAGCAGUUUAUGAAUAAAGCAUCAGUAUCACAGGAGCAGGAGGAGUAUAGCUCUGAGCAAAUUCCAUGGUAUCCUGUAACCCUACCAAACUUCCAACCCUGUCUGGAUCUCAUUUCUGCUCGGCCACACGGUAUCCUUCGUAUCCUUGAUGACCAGACCUGUCUGCCUCAGGCUACAGACCACACAUUUCUGCAAAAAUGUCACUAUCACCAUGGCAACAGCCCCCACUAUGCCAAGCCCAAGAUCCCAUUGCCAGUCUUUACUGUGUAUCACUAUGCAGGAGCCAUCACCUACCAGGUUCACAACUUCUUGAAUAAAAACCAUGACCAGUUUCGUCCAGAUGUGUUAGAACUUUUUGCAUGCAGUAGGUUGCAGAUGGUUUCAGGUCUGUUUCGUAAGGUGCAGGAGAACUACAAUAACCAGAGACAGCUGCGGGUCAGAGGUAGAGGUCAGCGUCACCAGGCCUCCACUGUAGCUGCACACUUCCAGCAGUCACUGAAUGAGCUCAUCACACGCCUGCAGAGGUCCAAGACUACAUUCAUCCGGUGUAUUAAGCCAAACUAUGUUAAGCACCCUGGACUGUUUGAUGUGGACUACAUCUCCACACAGUUAAAGCAUGGAGGAAUCCUAGAGACUGUUCAGAUUAGAAAACAGGGAUUUCCCAUUCGUAUACAAUUUAAGCAGUUUAUGGAGAGGUAUGGUGUGUUGUUAGCUCAGCGUCCUGUACAUCUCUCUGAUAAAGAGCAGGUUGUUGCCCUUUUGGAGUUUAUUGGUGCUGAAGAUGGUCAGUACCAAUUAGGAUUGACUAAGGUGUUUAUGAAGGAAACUUUGUAUCGGUUGGUGGAGGAAAAAUGGACCAGCACUCAGACCUGGGCAGCCAUCAUCAUUCAAAGAAACAUCCGUGGCUUUAUCUGCAGACGCAACUUUCGUUUCUUUAAACAGAAAGCCAUUAUUAUCCAGUCACACAUAAGAGGUCACCAGGCCAGGAAAUACUAUAAGAGACUGAAGCACUCAUUUAGCCAGUUUUGGGCAGCAAUGAUGAUCACCAGGAAUACAAUAAAGAUUUGCAAGUUAAGAGAACACAAAAAGAGAACCAGUGUGAAAGAGGUGGCCAAAGCCCAGUCUACCAAACCAGAGAUGAAUGUGGGAAUGUUAGAGAUCCCAGCUGAGCUGUCAGCCCGCUUGCACAGUGCAUCAGGACGCCCGGAUGGGUCACAGGUCACAGAAGUAGCACCACCACAAGUCAAAGCAGAGCACAACCUCUCUCUACCACCUAAUAUUGACAGCUACCCAUUUUCUAAAUAUGCCAACACAGUUCUAAAGGAUGGCUGGUGUCAGCCUCAGGGUCAAUCACUUCAGAGACCACUGACCCCUCUAGACGCCAGUGAUGCCCGUAAUGCUCUGGAGCUGUACAAACUGAUUCUACGCUUUUGUGAAGGCUCUGAGCUAGUUGACUGGCAGAAGCAGAUGUUGGGGAAUUACAUAGUGGAGAAAGGCCAAAACAGACCCUCGCUCAGAGAUGAGAUUCUGGCUCAGCUACUCUAUCAUACCUGGGGUCGGGAGGGCGAGGAUGGCUUCUUGAGGGGCUGGUUGCUUCUGGCCUGCUGCCUUAGUGCCUUUACCCCAUCCCCUUCCCUAGACAAGCCACUGCUCAAGUAUGUGUCAGACCAAGGUCCAGGUGAAUAUCGUUCUCUGUGUCAGCAUAAACUGCUUACGUCUCUCCAGAUGCCUGCUUCUGCUUGCAGACACCGCCCUCCUACUCAGCUGGAGUGGACUGCUAAUCAGAGAAAAGGGAAGAUGGUGGUGGAGGUUAAUACCUUUAAUGAGGAAAAGUUAACAGUGGGGGUGGAGUCCUGGACCACAGGAGAACAACUAGCUUCCUGGAUUCUAAACUUUAGGGGCGUUCCUGAGCUGCAAAGGGGUUGGUCUUUAUCAAUGCUGGCUGAAGAGGGCUGGUCUGAUCUGACCGGAUGUGACUAUGUAAUGGAUCUGUUGGCUGGAGCUGAGACUGAUGUUCAACCGGGAAAACCACCUGCCCAGCCUGAUUACCUUUUUAGUGAUGUGAGAGACAGGAGGACAUCCCCCGAGUUUGAUGACAUCCCUCCAGCCCCCUCAAUGCAAGCUCCAAGCCUUCCCUCUUUUGAAGGAUCUCUAGCCCCCCAUAUGGAUAACUAUGUGGAUUACCUCUUCGACCCUGUACUAGAUCAAGGUCCACCGGACUUGGAACGAAUGGCAAUGCUGAACCGCAGGAUGAAAGGAGGAGGAGGGAUGCACCCCAGCAUGUACAGUGGAGCAGGUAUUCCAUUGACAAUGCCAGGUUAUCCAAUGGGUAUGCCCAUGAAUCCAGGCAUGCCUGGCUAUGCUGCUGCACCAUUGAUGCCAAACAUGAUGCCUGGAGCUGCACAGCUUCCCAUGAUGCAACCUUUGCCAUCUAUGAUGAUGCCAGGUGUGAUGCCACAAAAUGCUAUACCCACUAGCCCUCCAGCUAUCAACCCUCAGCAGCUGGCUGAACAGCAGCAAGCUUUUAUCAACCAACAAGCUCUACUAAUGCCUUCAACAGAAGUUAACACCGCCCCUCUAGUCCAGCCUGAAUCUUUUCAGGAGAAGAGAGCCUUUUUCCAAAAGAUCGCAAGCCCUGAAGCACGUCCAAAGCCUGCUCCGAAGGUUGCUAAGCCACUGAUCUACGCCUCUCAACCGACAAUACAGCCCCUCCAGCUGAACACUGCUCCUCCUCCAGUGAGCCCAGCUCCUGCUUCAGUCUACACAGCUCCCUCUCCAAUAAAGACUAAAGUUCCACCACCUCCAGAGCCCCCUAAAUCCCCAGAACUAGAUUUGGACUAUUCUCCAGCCUCACCCACUAAACCAGAGCCCAGCAGCAACAUCAGGGACAUCAUUAAACAGUACCAAAACCGACCUCCUCCAGAGCCCAAGGUCUACGAACCUGUCAGGGUUACUAGCAAACAGUUUAUUAAAAAGACUGACCCUAAGGAGGAAGCAUUGGCUAUUCUCAGAGGUAAAGGACCUGCCACCCCACAAAAGAAACAGUGGACUCCUCCUCCUCCACAGCCUAAAAGAGAUUCAGUGCUUUUUCCUCCUCCUCCUCCUCCUCCUGCUCCACCAAUGGAAAGUAAAAAAUCUGCUCCCCGCUCCAUCUCUAACAGCAUGAAAAUGAAGCAGCGCUCACUAGCUGACCUCUUCGGCUCUGGCCGCUCUCAGCCUCAUCCCCCACCUCCUCCCCCACAUGCUCCUACUCAAAAGAAUAGUAUCCCUGAACCACCUUCUAUUCCAGCACUUGGACCCACUCAGCCUCAGAAAAUGACCAAUGACGAGAAUGUCUUCUCAAAGCUGCACAAGUUUUCUGCUAGUGUCUACUUCUCCUACUCACAAAUGCCAGGAAAACUCUUCCUGCGAAAAGAGUUGUUCUACCCAAGAGAGAAAUUCAGUCAUCCAUAUAUCCUCAAUCUACUGUGUGAGCAGAUUAUGAGAGACACCUACUCAGAUGCCUGUUUGAGAAUUUCACGUGAAGAGCGGCGCAAGAUGAAAGAUCUGCUGGCACAGUUCCACAUUGGAACAAGCAUCAGCACUGUACAAGAUGAUGCCAUGAAGAAGAGAAUUGUCAUGGCAGCCAGAGACAAUUGGGCCAAUUAUUUCAUACGCCUUUUUCCUGUGAUUGGUGGAAAUGGAGAUGAUGCACAGAUUCUUGGUGUUACGCAUUGUGGCAUCAAGCUACUGAAGGUUGCCAAUGCAUCAGGCAUUAACCCAAAACAUCUAAAAUUGCUAUGCAGCUACAGUUAUGCAGAUCUGCUGUCUGUAGAACAGAAGGAUGUUAGAACAGUUCUGAUCAACCUGAAAAAUGAGGAACUGCAGUUGCAGUCCCCACAAGCACCUAAAAUCACAGAUAUUGUGCGUCUCUUCCUUAAUGAACUGACUAAGGGUUCAGAGUAUGUUGUUGCUCUGAAGAGCUACGUUACAGAUGAUAAGAGUCUGCUUAGCUUUCAGAAAGGUGAUAUCAUUAAACUGCUGCACAUGGAUGGCCUUCAGGACGGAUGGAAGUUUGGCUCGACUGGGGGUCGUUCAGGUCUCUUUCCAGUUGAUAUCACUCAGCCUUCUGCACCACCAGACUACCAUAGCAGCUCUGUGGAGCGGCAGUUGGAAAGGAAAAAAAGCACAAGGGAAUCAGUUACUACUCGGAUGUCCAUCCAAUCCAGCCUCAAUCUGGACUCUGGGCCCAGUGUUGAUGGAGGGUCAAUCCAGGGCUUUGAAGGAGAUCUUCAGCAGCACCAAAUGACUGAGUUUGCCAGCAAGUACUUCAGAGAAGCUAUUCAGAGACUAAAUGAGCGAGGCCAACCAAUCGGAGUAAAAGACCUUGAACAGAUGGUGCAGUACACUGCAGAACCCAUCAAUGAGUCCCUCAUCCUAUUUUCAGAACAUGAACUCGGUGUUCUGGGUGGUCAGUGUUUCAUGUAUGUUUUGCAGUUCAUGACUGAUAAGCCCUUAAAGAAGGACCAGACAGAUGGAACAUCUGUGAACUUUAUUAUACAGCUUGGAAAGGAGAAGGAGUUCCUUAGAGAUGAGAUCUACUGCCAGAUCAUUAAACAGAUCUCAAACAAUCCACGCAAAGAAAGCUGUAACCGUGGCUGGCUUUUGCUGAACAUGGUCACUGGCUUCUUUCCUUGCUCUCCUACAUUGUUGCCUUAUGUGAUGCGCUAUCUGAAAAACAGAAGUCAAGACAUCAACCAUCCUUACCAAGAGAUGUCUCGCAGGUGUGAAGACAAUCUUAAACGUUCGCUUACAUACGGAGGACGCAGACAUAUUCCUUCUCAAGUGGAGAUGGAGGCCAAUUUUGCUGGUCGGAGCUCUAGGCGGUUACCGAUACUGCUCCCAGGUGGGGUUGAGUUUCCAGUCAAAGUCCACAGCUUCAGUGUGGCGAAGGAGGUAGUGUUAGACAUUUGCACAGAGAUGGGUGUGAGUAGUCCUGUGGAGGUGAAUGAAUUUUCCAUCCUUGCCACCCGUGUACAAGAUAAAGAAGUGCGUCCCAUUCACUCAGAUGAGUACCUGUUUGACUUCUUGCUAGACGACGGCUCAAUCUUCAUCUCCUUCCAUCGUCUGGUCUGGAAGCAGCCUUUGCACUUCGACAAUGAUCUCUACAUCGAAUUUCAUUACCAGCUGAUGGUGAUUGAUUAUCUGGAUGGCAAACUCUGCCUGCCUGGAAACAUUUCCUCAGUUCAGCAGCAGGUGACAGAGUUGGCUGCACUUCAGCACAUUGCUCAGGGGUUCACUCAACCGCCUACAAUGCAAGAGCUGAAGGAUUACCUGCCUCGAGUUGAUGGAAUAAAUUCUAAUUAUCAGAAUUUGCUCAGUGCUACACAGAGACAGAUGUCUGUCAUUGGGUCUCUCAAAUCCACUGAUGCUAAAGUACACCUUCUCAAGAUGAUCAGUUCUCUGCACCUGUUUGGAUCCAACAUCUUCCUGGCUCAGAAAGUCAGCCAACGUGGUUGCCCCUCUCCAUGUUUGGUGGCAGUCAACCAUGAGAGCAUAAGCAUUGUUCAUCCCCAAACACAGAUGACCGCCUUAGCAAUUCCAGUGGAAGAGGUGCAGUCCUUCCGCUCUAUCCGUCCUAAAAAAGAUAAAGUACCCGGGGUGGAGAUUAACUUUGGCAGUCCACCUCAAAUUAAAAACAUCACAGUUCACCUGACACAGGCAAGACAGCUUUGUCACAUCAUUACCGUCAUCAUGGAAACUGUAGUAAAACCAUCAAUCAGCAGCCGAACAGGGGUUCAGUAAUACUUCCACCACUUGUACUCAAUCUAAUUCACAAAAGCCCAACGUGGUUGCAGUUUAUAAACUAUUUAAGCAGCCGAGCUACAACUGAUUUCAUAUUUAAUCAGAUGGUAUCACUUCUCCAUGCCAUUCUCAGUUUUAACAUCUUGCCAAGUAGCUUAAUCCCUGCAUAGAUGCUUAUGAACAUGUCAAAAAGUGGUGAUUAAAUAUUUUCUUUAAAACUUGUUUGGACAUUUGCACAGUUCAUUUAUCUACAAAAUCAAUUUGAUAUAAUUUGUGUUUCAUAACAUAAAUGAUUUCUUUCUUUACAAAAUUAAAGGCUUUAAUUUGUAAUAAACUGCAAGAAUGUG